GGCGGACGUGAGGGCCGGAACGGGGCCCCGGGGCGGGCAGGGCCCGGCUCCGCCGCGCUGAGGCCGCCCGGCUCCUCCCGACGGGCUCCGGAGCGGCGGGGAGGGGCCGCAGCCGGGCCGAGGGGGGGCCCUGCCCGGCGACCGUGGCCCCGGCCAUGAGCGGCGCGGCGGAGGCGCGGGAGCUGGAGGAGCGGCUGCGGGAGGCGGCGGCCCUGGGGGACGUGGCGGAGGUGCGGCGGCUGCUGGGCGCGGGGGCGGACAUCGACUCCCGCAACGAGAUCAACGGCUGGACCUGCCUGCACUGGGCCUGUAAGCGGAACCAUGCCCAAGUGGUGUCCUGCCUGCUGGAGGCUGGCGCAGACAAGCAAAUCCUCACUGCUAAGGGAGAGCUGGCAGCACAGCUAACAUCGAAACCAGACAUCCGCAAGAUUUUGGGAGAGGAAGAAACUGAAUGUCAAGGAGUGAAGGAUUUAAAUUUGCCCAUUGUUGCGAACUACUUGGCCAACCCACCAUUCCCUUACGUUUACACCGAAGAAAGCAUUCCAGGCAGCUUGGCAGAAUCCCAGAAUGAAAGUGCUUCCAUCUCUUCUGCUUCCCAGAGUGAAACCAGCCCUUGUCCAUCAGCAACUCAGGCCGAAAGCAUCUGCACGCCCACGUCGUGCAGCAGUGAUGAGGCUUUUCCAGCACCGGAUGCUGCGGCCGGGCCACCCCCCGUGCCCACUGUCACUGCAGCCUCAGCGUGUGCCACCCCAGGGGUGCCCAACGGCCCCGUGUGCCCCCCGGCCAUGCCCCCCAGUCUGGGGCUCUGCUCCCCGGGACAGUCCAGCCAGGCCAUGCCUUUGCAGCCCGACACCUCCCCCAGUGGCUCCGCACCUGCCUUCCAGCCCUUCUUCUUCACUGGAACAUUCCCGUGUAACAUGCAAGAACUUGUGCUCAAGGUCAGAGUCCAGAACCUGAGAGACAGUGACUUCAUUGAGAUUGAACUGGACAGACAAGAACUGACCUAUCAAGAUCUGCUCAGAGUGAGCUGCUGUGAACUGGGCGUUAAUCCAGAGCAAGUAGAGAAGAUCAGAAAGCUACCCAAUACACUUGUAAGAAAGGACAAGGAUGUUGCCAGACUCCAGGACUUCCAAGAGCUGGAGCUGGUCCUUGUGAGAAGUGACAGCUCUCCUUUCCGGAAUGCUGGGGCCGCACUGACAGAGCGGCCGUGCUACAACAGCCGAGCAUCCAAGCUGACCUACUGACCCUGGGAGCUGCCUCUGCAGUGGGAACACCCGGCAGUGACACGUGCUGCCUUUGGAAGGCAGAGAGUUAAGUGUGUGUAAAACCUUAAGUUAUUGUUAGGGUUACUAUUUUAACUAAUAGUUUAUAUUUUAUAUUUAAUAUCUCGUUUGCUUUUAUUUUUUUACUUGAUACUGUAUUCAGCCAAGGGAUACCUCAUUUGUCUAGUAAAAUCACAUACUUCCAAUGUAUUUCAAGGAAGUUUAUUGGUUGUAUUUGGCAGCAGGGGGCAUUGAAAGACGUAACUAUGGAUAUGAAAAUUAUGUUAAGUACACCCACUCUGACCAAGUAAGACUCACGGGAAGGUUCAGGAAAUUGUGCGUCUCUGUGUGUAUAUAUGUAUUUUAAACUUCCUCAUUAAAUUAAAUGAAAGAGACACACAAUGAAUAGUUGCUCUCUAAAAAUAUAAAUGUGCAAGUCCUUAAUCUCUUGCCCCUCACAAACACUCACCAAGAUGUGUUGUAUAGAGAUAUUUAAUGCUCACAAGCAGCAGGAAAAACCCUUUUACUGGGCUGAAAAUAAGUGGAAUAAGCAUGUCCAUAUUUAAAUAUUUAUUUCCCCUGUGAGAAUACUGUACUUCCACCAAAAAAUGCAAGUCUCUCUUAAAUGUUCCUUAAUUAAGUCCCAAUCGAGUUAAAGUGCCCUUUCAAGAGAAAGCCCUUGUUUCAGGAGAUGGGGAGGGGAUCCCCAAUCUGUGUCCGUGGUUUUAUUUACUUUCUGACCGGUGAGAGUGUGUGCAUUAUUCACACCAGGUGUCAGUAUUGUGAAGACAGGAAAGCUCUUUGUGGUACUCCCUCGUACACCAGUUCCAGGGGGGGUGGUGGUUGAUGCUGUGUGAGGAGCAGCACAGCAGUGUCCUCACGGGAGAUCACAGGGAAGGAACACAGCAUGCGUUCAUGAGCCACCAGAUGGGAAACACACCACGAGCGAGUAACGAACUCGGAACUUUUCAUCGUGCACAGUCUACUGUCACUGUAGCAUUGUUUUAGUCAGGUGAGUACUGAAAAGGGCUGAAUGCCUCUUGGUGCUUUCAACUUUUUUUUUCCCCCCUCUUCUUUGUGGGGAGUGAAAAAAACCCCAACUCUAGUUAAGCUACAGACUGUUUAACUUUCAUUUAAGCAAGUCAGUAAUGAAAAAAAUGCACCUGUGGGUUGAAGUAUUUAAGUCACAGCAUUGCUGGAGUAUAAACAGCCUGAAGCUCUUCCUGGUAACAUGGCAGCCUGCAAAGCUACACUUCUGGAGGCUGUUUUCUUUUUUACCAAAAAACAUGAUGCUGACCUUUGCACCAAAAACCUUAAUUGGGUCUUGAGGCAGGUGGAGGAGUGAGGGACUUGCUUUUUCUGCAUGAGCUGCUUUUUCUCCCCUCCCUUCCCCCCGCCCCAAAUUGUACUGAUUUUCCUUCCAUCUCUGCUUUAUGAAGCUGCUCUAGAGCAGUUUCUGCACAGCUGGUGCUGUGUUUGUUGAUGAUCUGGACUGCAGUGUUGACAGUCGAACUAUAAAUAGUACAGCACCACCAUGGCUGCCACCGUCCCUCUGUCCUGCUUUACCUUGGAAGACUCCCUCAAGCUGCUGCAUGCCAGAAGAACUCAGAAACGCCUUUUCUGCCAGCAGAGGAGAUGCUUGACUCUGGGCUCAGGAUUUCACCAAGUUAAUGUUAGGCUUAAAAUUCUUGCCUACUGCAGUCAAAAUAAUUAUCAUCCUUUCGCCCCUGUUCCAUACACAUCACCUCAACCCAGCUAACUUCCCAUUCUCAGUCCUGGUUUUUCUCCAGCCAGGAGCUGAGCUACUUUAAUGCCAGAUUCAACUCCUGGGAAGCUCAAGACUGUGACACAGUAUGAAGUAAAACUUCUUAACUAAGGUUCCUGCUUUGUUUUUCUUGUAGGACAGGAAAGAAGGUUUUAUUUUAACAAUUGUGUAUUUAUCUUUACAGCACAGCUUGGAGGCUAGCUCAGAUUAUGUGCAAUAACUGUCUGAAAAACAGUAGUGGUUAAAUGGCUCAAAAUUAAUAAGUGUAUCUAAUUCUUUCCAGCUCCUUUAUUAUUUAGGAAAUAAAUUUAGGAAGUCAGUGUAAGGACCAUCUCCACUAAUUACAGAGCAUUCUGCUAUAGGGCAGCUGGUUUAAAAAGCUUUAUUUGCUCUCGUUUCCACCAGUAAUAACUGUUAAUGUAUUAAUACAAACUCUACUUAUAAUCUGACUGUAAUAACAGUAAAUCUAUGCAUUCAGAGAAAUAUUUUUGUAUGUUUUAUGCAGUUUGAUAAACUCUAAGCACACUAGUUACAUUAACUGGUUUUUGUUGGGCUUUUUCUUUGAACAAUAAACUGAUGGAAUGACAACUGAGAUUAAGUUUACAAAACUUACUGUUCUUCCAAGGACGACUUUUGUUUGCACUACAAACUUGUACUGAACUGACAUUGCUACUCUUCACUUAUAUUAAAGUAUCAGUUGUUUCAAGUA